UUGCAUCAAAAGAAGAAUUUCCAAAGCAGGUUCGGAACACAAUGGCUGAUUUCAAUCUGUCCCUGAGGACUCCGCCCAAUCCUGAAAUGGGGUGUAAUGGAACGGACAAUGAGGAACAGUUACCAAGCGUAGUGAUAUUUUUGACAACCAUCAUGGCUCUUUCCACCAGUCUUUUGGGAUUUGUAGGGAAUGGGGUUGUCUUCUGGUUUCUUGGAUUCUGCAUUAAGAGAAAUCCUUUCACUACCUAUGUCUUGAACCUAGCCAUAGCUGAUUUUGGAGUGGUCACGGCUAUUGUUGCUAUCAAUACAAUUUGGCUUGCACAAUUACUCAACUAUAUAGAUGACAUCUAUAAUUUCUCGAUAUUCUUUAACACUCUGUUUAAAUUCAUGUUCAGCACUAGUCAGUUUCUACUGUCGCUCAUCAGCAUUGACAGGUGCAUCUGUGUCUUCUUUCCAUUUUGGCAUCGAUGCCACCGACCACCAUAUCUGUCGCCCACUCUGUGUGCCCUAAUAUGGAUUUUCAACUUUCUUUUUUCAUUUAGCGAUAUAGUCCUCCCACUAACCCUUCAAUAUUUUAACCUCUCAUACUACCUAUUCCUCCUGAAUAUUUUGGUUUGCACAUCACUUAUGGCCAUCUGCACUAUAGCACUACUAAUUAAAAUCUGCAUCAUAUCUCCUCAAUACAAGCGGGGGAAGCUUCUGACAGUAAUCUUGCUCACCCUUCUCUUCUUCUUCUUCUUUACUUUUCCAAUGAAUGCUAUUCAAUACUUCUCUGAUGAUAUCCCUCCUUUAAAUGAUCCCUAUUUCAAUGAAUAUGCUCUACUUGGUGCCUAUAUAAAUAGUACUGUUAACCCCCUCUUCUAUUUUUUGAUUGGGAAGGAAAAGCAGGAUCGAUCUGGGGAGAAAGUCAAGAAAAUACUAGUCAGACUUUUCACAGAGAAUGAAAACGAUAUGGAAGAAAUGACAACCUCAGUCCAAACCCAAUUGUGAUGCAGUUACAUGAGCUGAAAUGAAGACUGAAAAAUAAUGCAUCUCAGUGGAAACAUGCAGCCUUCAAGAUAUUAUUGCAGCCAUUCUGACUCUAUUUCAUCACAUUUCUGAUAUACACAAACCUUAUAAAGCAAUAUGGAAGUAUUCAGAAUGGGGUCG